AUCCUCUGUCAGCCCAAAGGGUGGAGUGGCUCUUUGAAAGCACAGUCUGAAGGGAUAGGCUGCGGAAAGGAUUGGUCUGCAACGAUAGUUUUUUGGAGACCAUGGUUUUAAUUAGACAGCAUUUUAUAAUUCGAUUACUUUUGCAUUAUGUAAUGGAGUUGUUGGGGUAGUUACUUUGUGGAGUUGCUUGUAGUUUUGUGUUCUUUGUAAUAUUUCAUUACGUUGCAUAGUAUUUGUAUCACAUAUCUUAUAUCAUUACGUUGACUUUUUAUUUAUUUAUUAUUUUAUUUAUUGAUCAAAUCAGAGAGAUGUAAGUUGUCUUGAGAACAUCCUCGGAGUUUAAGCACCGUACAUCAGCGGAUAUCAUGCAGGGUUUACGUAUCCGCGCGGCGCGUAAAAGCGAGUGGCUGCAAUGCGCUCUUGCGCACCACUUCAACCCAGAUCCCGGUGUGGAAAACGAGAUCGUGGUCUUGGCCACCGGUGUGGACCAGUAUCUCCAGGAAGUGUUUCAUCACUUGGCCUUUUAUAACGGUGAUAAUCUCGUGACGAAUGAGGACUUUAGGAUUCUGUGUUUAGUUUUGGGAAUCUCCAAAUACGCAGAGACAGAGAACGGCGUAUCUGAGCAUGAAGACAUGUGUUGCAAACUUCCUCGGGCGCUUAACUUCAAAGAGUUUCAUGCACGGCUUUGUGGAUCUUUCUCCGUUAAAGCGCAGGACGGGAAGACUGGAGCUCGCCUCGCGGUUAGUGAAGAGACGGAACACAUCGAGAGGGAGAUCAGACUCCGGCAUCCCCGAGUCCGGAGGAGAAAGUGUGUGAGUUUUGAUCUAUCUAAAGAUGAUCCGAACCGAAGGAGGUCGAUAAGAGAACCAGGACUGUCACAGAGCUCAGCUGUGGAAUGCAGGAAAACCACAGUGAAUAUGAAUCCUCAUGUAAGAAGACAGGAGCAGCUAGAGCUGGAAAACGCCAGUCUGCGCGAGCUGGUGGAGGACCUGCGCUCGGCGCUGCAGAGCAGCGACGCACGGUGCAUGGCACUGGAAGUGGCGCUCCGCCGAAAACAAGUGCCACCCCAACAUACUCCUGCCGGCACUCCAGAGAGACAAGACUGUAACGUCGGAGCCAAAGUAAAAAGCAGACAAUCCAAACACACGGAACGGGAAAGCAGAAGAUCCACUAAAGACCUCUUGCGAGAGCUGGAACUGAUCCGUGCCUCUCGUGACGGACAGCUGGAGGAAGCUAUGAGGUUUAACCAGAGGUUAGAAGAGGAGCUGAUGGGAGCUUAUGAGGAGCUCGGCCGGAUGCAGGAGAUGGUAGAGAGUGUCAGGAGAGAAAACGCCCGCAUCAAAAAGAGGGCGGAGGAGGCGAGAGGGGCCCUGGCCGCGGGGUUGGAACGUGUCAGGGCCUUACAAGACCAGGCCCAACAAACAGACCGGCUUCGAGAACAAGUCCAAAGUCUAGAGGAGCAGCUGGAGACGUUCAGGACCCAGUGCACCUGCAGGGAGCUAAAUGUGAACAGGACAGAGAAGCUAGAGGAGAAUCAGUUUCAAGUCUUCAGUAAAAGAGAAGAGGGUCUUCAGAGGUCAGUUGAGGGUCGGGCAGCGUCUGAUGAGGAAGAGGAUGAAAGGAGCGUAGAUGAAGGGCAGUGCUGCCUCCUGGAGGUGAAACGCUUGAUCAACAGAUUACACAGCUGUGCCAAAGGGUGUCAGAAAACUGCUAUCUGUCACUGGCUUGUCUCUCAAAGCUCAGCCCAUUGCAGAGAACUUCGAGGAUCACCUGGAUUGAGAGAAUUUAGGGGGAGAGUCUGGAUUCCUGGUGCAGACGAGGAUAGAAAUGAAUCAAUGAGGAUACAGAAGACAGAGCCGGAUGGUUUAAGACAAGACGUUCAGAUGGUGGAGACGGAGAGAAUGCAUCAUUCACUGCUGCAGCUACAGCAUAAAAGAAUUCCACGAAGGGCCUUGGGAAAAAUUCUGAUCGACACACUGGAUCUGUGUAGCAGGAAAAGCCACGACUGUACUCCAGUGUUUCAGGUAGUGGACACAUUGUGUCAACAGCUUCUCUCCAGUGACCUCAUGGAUGGAGGAGAAGAGGUCAGUGUUGGUUCGCAACCCUCUUUGAGAAAGACGUCCAGUUCCAUUCUGAUGUCCUGCUGAGAACAGUACAGAUCUGUAGACCAUCCGUACACCAAAGGCCCACAUAAAGUGUGUUUUAUAUAAAGUAAAAAAAUAUAUAACGUUUAGAAAAACUACAAUCUAACAUUUCAUAAUUAUGUCAUGGAAUGUGGUCAAUACAAGGUUAACAAACCAACAUUUGAUCCCGAAUCAGUUUAGGCUAAAUCUGCAAUCCUAAAACAUAUUCUGGGAUAUAUCUACAUUUUAUUCAUUUUAUUUAUUUCAUUUAUUUAUUGCUUAGUAUAAAAUAAACAUAAAUGCUAUAACAUUGUUAACAGGACAGACCUCACAUAUAAUAAAUAGCUCAUAUAACAUUAAGUUUGACCAAAAAAACCUUAAUUUGUGUAAAUGUAACUUUUUUUUUAAAUGUUUAUUUUAUUUUCUACCCUGUUAAUGGAAAGUGCAUUAGAUCAUUUUGUGUAAUGUCUGCCAGGGAAGCCUGUUCUCGUGCUCUAGAUUAUUUGUAGUUUUUAGACAAUCCAACAGCAUAUUAAAAACGACAUGCACUGCUACAUGUACAGCUGUGUCACAUAGCUCUUAAUCUCUCUGACAAAAUCAUUUUAUUGUGUAUUUAUGAUAUUACUUCAAACAAUAAUACUCCAGUAAAACAAAUACAUUUUGUGCAAAACAUUUUCUUUGUCACGUUUCAGCUUGUAGUUCAUCAUCAUGAUGUGAAUGUCAGUGUGUACAGUAUCUUGUGGAAUGUCACUCAUUGCAUGCGAUGGUGUCAUUUCUGUAAUCCACGGUUACAAUGUGUCAUCUCAUUAAGAUGAGAGCAGGACAAAGCAUUUCUUUAUGAAAGGAGUUCAGAGAGCUGAUAUUGAUACAUUUAAUACAAAGACAAGAUGGAUCACCUUUUAAUAAUACAGUAACAGAAAACCAUUUCAGGUUGUUUAUUUUAAUAAUGUUGGUUCCAACCUAUUGCUGUAUCUGUAUAAUCUACACAGUGUUGGGUAAAUUAGUCUGAAAAAGUAAUUCAUUACUAGUUACUAAUUACAUAUUCAAUAGUGUAAUUAGAUUACUGUACAAAUAGUAUUUCAUUGCUUAUUACUAAUUACUUUCUAUAUCCUACAUCAACCUUGAUUAGAAUUGAUUCAAGGAUAGACAUGAAACGGCUCUUUUAAUUCAUUCAAAUUAAUAAUAAAUAACUACAUAAAUUAUUCUUAUUAACUGACCAAAGUAUUACAAAUGUGAGAAGGAUACAUUAAAGCGUACAUUUUAAAGUUAGACUUAUCAUUUUGAUGCCAUUUCCACGAUUGAAUAUAUUACACAGUAUUUAGUUCAAUUACAUCAGAAGUAACUGUAAUUAAAUUACAGACAAAAUAAGAGUAAUCCCUUACUUUACUUUGUCCAGGGGGAAAGUAAUUAAAUUACAGUAAUUAAUUACUUAGUAACUAGUUACACCCAACACUGAUAAUCUACUGUAUGUAAAUUAAUGAUAUGCACUUAAGACACAUUAGAAUACAAACUGACUUAAUUCAUGCAAUGGGAAUUACCUUGCUGGUUAAAAGAUAUUACAAAAAAAAUGAAAAAGUGAAAGUUAUGCAUAAAGCUUAUUCUUUUUUCUUUUUAUGUCACUGGUUUUCAUCUCUAAUACAAUGACAUUUUUAAUGUGAGUGAUCCAAAAGGCUACUGAACAUUU